AUGGGUGAUAACCUAUCUGUUAGCGAAUGUGUAACUGAAGUUUAUCAAGCUGCCCGUGGUGGUUCUUCUAAUCUGACUGAUCUUUUAGAGCGGCUGAAACCUGAACAAAGAAAAACCGCUUUGGAAUCGAAAACUAAAGAUGGCAGCCAUUUUGUCACUCCUCUCAUCAUCGCUGCUCAUAAUGGACACCUGAAUUCUGUGAAGAUUCUUCUAAGAUAUGGGGCAGACAUCGAGGCUCGAGGAACGCUUAACACAGGAGACCAAGUUAUAGAGGGUUGUACACCUUUAUGGGCCGCUGCUGAUACUGGUCAUCUUGAUGUUGUGAAACUGUUAAUCGAACGAAAUGCAGAUGUUGACAGCAGAACAUCGAAGGGUUCGACUCCAUUGAGGGUUGCUUCCCACGAAGGACACCUUGACAUUGUGAGAUGUUUGGUUGAGAGCGGGGCAGAUGUGAAUACUCGCCAUUACAAUGAAGGGUCCACCCCUCUAAUUGCAGCAUGCUACUGGGACCACUUCAGUGUUGUUAUCUAUCUUAUUAACAAAGGCGCCUUUAUAGAUCUGCAAGCCUACGAGGGCAGCACUGCACUUCACAGCGCUGUUGAACAGAGCCACUUGGAGAUUGUCAGUCAACUUUUGGCUCAUGGAGCGUCACAACUGCCAAAUAAUCAAGGUUUAACACCUCUUCUCUAUGCCUGUAAUCAAUGUUCCAUUGAAAUGGUGGAGCAUAUCAUCAAAAGACCGGAAUGUACAAAGGAACAGAGAAUUGAUGCUCUUGAACUUCUUGGUGCCACCAUUGUUAAUGAUAAAUCUCGUGAUAUUAAGAAAGCUUUUAGUUACAUGAAACGUGGAAUGGAGAUGAGAUGUGAAGACCUGGCACAUCCAUUGCUUAAAAAGAAAAUGGAACCUGUGGAAGCUUAUCAAAAUAGAAAAGAGAGUCAAACUCUAGAGGAACUUGCUCUGUUAGAAGGUGAUGAUCUUGCUAUCGGCCUGGAAGGACUAAUAAUCAGAGAAAGAAUCCUUGGGCCUGACAAUCCAGCAAAGCUGCAAACAAUUAGAUACCGGGGAGCUGUUUUAGCUGACUCUGAGGAGUACGAGCUUUGUAUUGGUUUGUGGAAACGAGCGUUGGAGAAAGCCAUGAACAGCGAUGCUGCAAUAACAAAAGAUCUUGAAAACUAUACAGCUUUAUUUGGAGAAAUGGUGCAAAAAGGUAAACUUUUAAGAUCAAAUUUCAUUGAAGACGUCUUUGAAAUACUGGUUGCGGCAAGUGAGAAACGUUCAGAAAAACAGAAAACUGGAAAAUCGCAAGAGGUGCAUAAAAAUGAGGAGCAAGAAAAAACGCUUUACUGUGCUCUCUAUCUUUUGAUCAUAUACAUCAAAGUUAAAGGUCAAAACACCAACAUCAUUAACUUUCUACAAAGAUUCUUGCGUUUAAACCCUCGAACCAAUGAUGGAAAUACUCUACUGCACUUAGUUGCGUGGCAUGAAACACCAUUUUUUUCAUUUCAAGAAGAAAUUAUGCGUAGUGUGUGCAAGCUCCCCUGUAUUGAGACCAUGAAGCUUAUUUUACAUGCAGGGGGGGAUGUAAAUGCCGUUAAUGACACCGAGGGAAACACGCCUCUCCAUCUAGCUGUGAAGUUUAAACCUGCUGAGCCUGAAGGAGUCGAGAUUUUAAGAGAAAUGCUGCUGUCGUUGGUAGAUAUCGGUGCAGAUCCAAAGCUAGCAAACAAAAAUGGUCAAACACCACUGAAAAGCUGUGAAACUGACGAGGCUCGUAGGAUUUUGUCCGAGAAAGGAAGACCAAGUGCCAUGAACGUCGACGUCGGAAAGGUAAGAAAGUUUUAA